CAUCAUCAGGAGAAAGCAAUCCAACAUCCUUCCAAGUCCCGUCACCCCAGAUGGUUACAUCUGAGCAAGUCCGACAAGCCGCUGCUGAAAUUGGGGCAAUUACUUCCUUGAUGUGGGUAGAUCCAGAAGAUGGAGAUAAAAAAGGUCCGUCAAAUGAACAAGGAAAUGAUCCUGCUUUGGAUGAGUUUACCAAGCGCGUCUUUCGGACACUCGCCACCGUCGCCUAUUGGCAUGUUCUCCAGAAGAAAAAAGACGUACGAAACCCGGCAUCUGGAAAGAAGAGGUACGACAACGCAUUCACUUCAAUAAAUGAUUAUGUAGUCUACUAUACCAGAAAAUUCAUACUGGGUCCGUCAUUUUCGAGCGGGCGUUUCUCCUAUCCGCAGAAGAUGCAUCGAACUGACUAG